AUGGCCGCCACAAGGCUAGACCGCUUGGUCUCGCUCCUCGACACCGGUUCGACCCCGGCCAUCCGUGCCACUGCCGCCAAGCAACUCGGCCAGAUCGCAGCCGUUCGCAUUCGAGGUCAGAGCACAGCGCAACAGCAAGCAAGAACUCACAAGGCCGAACCAUCGACACAUGCUCGAUCGACCACUUCCGGCACUUUGACUCCAGCUAUCGACCCGGAAGCAGAUGGCCUGAUCAAGACCGAAGAUGGCGUGAUCUCGUCCAAACCGGCAGGCAAGUUCGGCACCUCCGAACAGAUUAACAAGCAGCACAGCUUUGUCGGGCCAUCCGCUACCGAACAAGCAGGCAUCUAUCGAGGCACCGACGGCGAUUGGGAUGAGAUCACCUCUUAUCUUGCCAGAGUCGUUCCCUUCCUCCGCUCCAAGAGCUGGGACACUCGCGUAGCUGCUGCUCUGGCCAUCGAGAGCAUCUGCCACGCCGCUGGUAUCUGGGAUCCCGACAUGGAUCCGUCAAAGCCUGGCGAGAGCUCCAAGCCCCUUCUUGCCGAUCAAGAGGAGGAUGGCAAAGAUGCUAAGCCCAAUCUCUCGGAGCUCAUCGCCACCGAGUCGCUCCUCACUUUUGACGCUUUCUCCCUACCCACCGUUCUCGCAACGGGCACCAAGCUACUCUCAUCAGCAGGCAAGGAGUUCGAGCAAGCUUCCCUUGCGGCUGGUUCAGAUCGUCUUGCACAAGCCAAGAAGGAUGUUGUCAGCAAGCUCGGCCUUGGCUUUGGUCUCGAUGAGAUGGACAUCGGUAUGGAUGUAGAGGCAGAGCUCAAGACAGGCGAAUCAGUUACCCGUUCCAACCUGCCACCUACAUCCCAGGGUAGUGUUGACUGGAGGACAGCAGCAGGAGGUGCAUCCAAGUCCAAGCUACCAGCUCCUCGCUUCCAUUCGGCUGCUUCGGCUGCUUCGCCCGGAGCAGCAUCCUUGCCUCCUUCACGAUUCGCUAGCAACGCUAGUCCAGCUUCUCCUUCGCCCAUCACACCUACCUUCGCAUCGGCAGCAUCAGCGCCGUCCCCGUCACCAGCACCCGCUGCUACUCCAUCCGACACACCCGCCCUCGACGAGAUCGAUAUGAGCAAGUUGAGCGCACGUGAGCGCAAUGCACUCAAGAGAAAGCGCAAAUUGGAAGGCAAGAAUGGCCCAUCAGAAGCCAAGACUAGGGUCAUCGAUACCAGUGAUGUUGCUUCUUCCUCUACCGCUGGCGGCCUUCGUGUCAAGGCCCCUUCAGGCGGGAUGGCCCAGACUCCAUCUACUCCAGCCAACCCUGAAGGCGCAGCUGACUACCUCUCCGCUGCUCCUCCUCCCGCUCCUAAGCAUCCUGCCGGCGGUCCAGGCUCCAUGCCUGCUGCCACUGCCAGUGUGUCGACUCCUACUCCAAUUGGCGAGGUGCCAGGAUCACCUGCUGCCGCUUCUUCCCCUGCAUCAGGAGGCGCUGCACCCGCAGCUUAUGGCUCAACUUCCAACCCCUUCCAAGUGCGACCUGGAGAAUGGCCCUUCCGCCUCGUCGUCGACACUCUCAGCGUCGAUCUCUUCAGCCCUACCUGGCAAACACGUCACGGUGCCGCCCUCGGUCUUCGUGAACUCCUCAAGACACUAGGCUCUGGCGGUGGCAAAGUCCAACUCGCGUCGAAGCAAGACAAUGCCAAGAUGCACAAGGCUUGGUGCGAUGAUAUGUCCAUCAAGCUACUCUGCGUUUUCGCUCUUGAUCGACUCGGGGACUUUGUCUUCGAUCAGGUUGUGGCACCGGUCCGCGAGACAGCUAGUCAAACACUGGCUUGUCUCAUGCCACACAUGCCCGAGGCGUCCAUUCUUUCGGUACACAACGUGCUUCUUCAGAUGAUCCGUCAAGACCAUGCAGCUGACGGUGCUGCCACUGAUUACAAUCUCGGCUUUGCCGCAAAGCGAGGCAAAAAGGGCUACGUCUGGGAGGUCAGACAUGCUGGUUUGCUCGGUCUCAAAUACGAAGUCGUGGUCAAGAAAGACCUGCUCUUGUCCUCUUCUGUCGUCAAGUCCGAGCCACAAGCCCUUAAGAAGCAAGACGAGGACCACAAUCCUCUUUCCGACCAAGAUGCAGACAUCGACACCAGCAAGAUGCUGCAAGACGUGGUCGAAGUUGCUAUUCUCGGUCUGAAGGAUGAUGACGAUGAUGUGCGCGCAGUAGCUGCUUCAGCUUUGGUGCCAAUCGUCGACGUCAUUCUCGAGAAGCUGCCAAGCGAGGUCGGAAGACUCCUCGAUCAGCUGUGGGAUUGUCUCGGUGAUCUGAAAGAUGACCUUGCUAGUAGUAUCGGUGGUGUCAUGGACCUGCUGGCUAAGCUGGUUGAGCACCCAGGCAUUGUAGUGCAUCUCAAAGCUGAAGCUCAAGAGCAGCGCGCAUUGUCGCUCCUGAUCCCACGGCUGUUCCCGUUCUUCCGACACACGAUCACCAGCGUCCGUCUUUCGGUGCUUAAUGCGCUGCGCGUCUUCCUCACUGUCCCAUCCUUGCCGAAGGACUGGAUCGAUGAGCGAGUGCUGCGUCUGCUCUUCCAGAAUCUCGUCGUUGAAGAGAAGUUACCCAUUCGCCGUGCCAGUGCUAACGCUUGGGGACAUGCUCUUGCACAUGUUGCAAGUGAUGCAGCCAACGUACAGAAGCUGCUGGGUCCUUAUGUUGUCAACUUCUUCCGCAUCAUCAUGACUCCACUAGGUUCACCCAUCGACUUUUCGCUCUUCUACACCGCUUCGUUUGGAUCCAGCAGUCAUGCUGAUGCAAAUCGACACAAUGUCGACAAAGGCAUCCUCACACAGGAUCUGUCGCUGGUCGGUGUUGAUGCCGUCAUCCGCGGUCGUCUUAGUGCUGCUGAAGCGCUUGGUGGUGCUCUGGCUCGGUUCCCUCGUUCAGAAGACGAAGCUGCUUUCGGGCCAGUGCUCCGUGAAUACCUCGAGUCGACCUCUGCAUUACAAAAGUGCCUGGCAGCAGCUAUCAUUCAAGAAUGGGCCCAAGCAUGUGACAAGCUCGAUGUCGUUCUCAAGGACUCCAGCGCUGUCGUUGCUGACGUGGCCAGCCGCCUCAUCAGUAUGCUCGAAACGCUCGCACCACCGACCUAUGCAGAGAUGACGGUCAUGCUCCAGCGUAUCCAAGCCGAGUGCCAGGGUCUGUACAAUUCGUUCCAGCGAGAUGCCAAAGUGCCCAAGACCAAGAUCCCUGCGCUUCCCACCACCGUUGAUCCUCUGGGUAUGAUGUCGGACGCGUUCACCAUCGACACCGCCAAGCAAGUCGCCCAGAGUGGGUUCGAGAGCUUGCUCGCUCAAGCAGGGUCCAAAGCCAAAAAAGCUGCUCUACCCCUCCUCGAAGAUCGUCAACGCAAACUCAUCGCUGCUAUCGGCUUCUACCAGGCGAACAAGGAGAAGCAGGAUACUCAAGUCUUUGCCUCAAUCGCUGGUGCCGUUAUCUCACUCAAGGUUCUACCAUCGAAGCUCAACCCAGUCAUCAGAAGCACCAUGAACAGUGUCAAGUUCGAAGAGAAUCUCGAUCUUCAGACUCGCUCGGCUCGGUCUGUAGCCAAGCUGAUCGAGUACUGCGUUUCCUCCGCUGCAAAGUCCAACCCUAGCGACAAGAUCGUCAAGAACCUCUGCGCUUUCGUAUGCCAGGAUACUACCCGCGUUGCGAUCUUUGCGAAUAGCAAGAACGAGCGAGAAGGCAUCCUUAGCAUGAACGAGCCUGCUGUCGUAGCAAAGGGACCGGGAAGGACUAGUACGAAGGAUGAAGGGGUGGAAUCGGAGGAGGUGCUGCAGGGAAAGCUCAUUCGUCGUGGUGCUGCAGCUGCACUUGCUCAAUUGGCGGAUCUGUUUGGCGAGAAGCUGUUCAAAGUUGUGCCCAUGCUGUGGCAAUGCAUGAGCAGUGCGCUCUUGAGCACAUUUGGCUCCAGUGCCGCCGAAGCAGACGCAAAGAUCGCACAGCAAGACGAUCUAGGACAAAGCAUCCUAGACGCAUGCGCAGUGCUCGAUGUCAAUUUGCCCAAUCUUAAGGGUCAACUUUGCGAUAAAGUGGUCGAGCUGUUGCCUGCUUUGACGCUUGCGAUUCAGAGCGAGUUUGCAGUUGUCCGUUCAGCAGCAGCCAAAUGCUUUGCCGUUGUCGCUGCCUGUCUUACCGAAGUAGCGCUCAAGCACGUCGUCGAGCAAGUAGUACCACUCCUAGCAGACGCAGCCUCCGUUACCAAUCGACAAGGUUCUAUCGAGCUUGUCUACCAUACCGUCCAGCAGCUCGAUCUUGAGAUUUUACCAUAUCUCAUCUUCCUCAUCGUUCCCAUCCUCGGUAGGAUGAGUGAUGAUGACGAAAAAGUGCGUUUGGUCGCGGCGAACACUUUUGCUUCGCUGGUCAAGAUGGUUCCUCUUGAAGCUGGGUUACCUGAUCCCCCCGGCUUUUCGGCUGAUCUGCUGCAGAGAAGGGAAACGGAACGCAAGUUCCUGAUGCAGUUGUUGGAUGGGUCGAAAGUCGAACCCUACCAAAUUCCGGUCAAGAUCAAUGCCAAACUACGAAAGUACCAGCAAGACGGUGUGAAUUGGAUGGCGUUCUUGGCCAAAUAUCAGCUACAUGGUAUUCUAUGUGACGACAUGGGAUUGGGUAAGACCCUGCAAUCGAUCUGCAUUCUCUCCUCUAAGCAUCACGAGAGAGCGGAACGAUACAAAGAAAGCAAAGCGGCAGAUUCCAAACCGCUGCCGAGUUUGAUCAUCUGUCCCCCAACUCUCACUGGGCAUUGGUGUCAUGAGAUCAAGCAGUAUGCGAACAACCUGCGACCCUUGCUCUAUUCGGGAUUGCCUGCGGAACGUGCACGGUUGCAGGCCGAAAUCCCACAGUACGAUGCAGUGGUAAUGUCGUACGAUGUUGUGCGGAACGAUAUUGCAGCUCUCUCGCAGAAUUCUUGGAAUUAUUGCAUUCUCGAUGAAGGACAUGUCAUUAGGUCGGCAAAGACGAAGACUACGAAAGCGGUGAAGUUGAUCAGGGCUAAUCACCGAUUGCUGCUCUCGGGGACGCCGAUUCAGAACAAUGUAUUGGAGCUUUGGUCGUUGUUCGAUUUUCUUAUGCCUGGUUUCCUGGGUACGGAGAGGAGCUUUCACGAGCGGUUUGGUAAACCAAUCAUUGCUUCACGCGAUGGUAAACUUAGUGCGAAAGAACAAGAAGCAGCAGCACUUGCACUUGAAGCUCUUCACAAGCAGGUUCUGCCUUUCCUUCUGCGUCGACUCAAAGAAGAUGUACUGGACGAUCUUCCGCCGAAGAUUAUUCAAGAUAUCGAAUGCGAUCUUGGGGAGAUUCAAAAGCAACUCUACGAUGACUUUAGUAAAGAACAGGACGAAGAAGAGGCGGAGGAGUUUGCUGGAACCACAGCUUCUUCUAGCGGCAAAGAAGCAGCUUCGGAAAAGCAACACGUGUUCAAGGCUUUACAGUAUAUGCGCAAGUUGGUGAAUCAUCCGUCGUUGGUGUUGACAGAUGACAACCCGAAACAUGUUGCGAUCAAGCAAAAGUUGCAAAAGAAUGGCGGCAGCUUGAACGAUAUUUCCCACUCACCCAAGUUGCAAGCUCUUAGGCAGUUGUUGUUGGAUUGUGGAAUUGGCGGUGGCAAUAACUCUGCUGGAGAAGACGUUGGUGGCGGUGGUGCAGGUGAUGCAGUCUCCCAACAUCGCGUUUUAAUCUUCUGCCAACUCAAGCAGAUGAUCGAUAUCAUCCAGCGCGAUCUAUUCGGCACCCUGAUGCCAUCCGUAUCCUACAUGCGUCUCGACGGUUCCGUUUCAGCCGAAAAACGCCAUUCGAUCGUUCAAACCUUCAACGCAGACCCCUCGAUCGACGUCCUUCUCCUAACCACCCAAGUCGGAGGUCUCGGCUUAACCCUCACUGGUGCAGACACGGUGAUAUUCGUAGAACACGAUUGGAACCCAAUGAAAGAUCUCCAGGCUAUGGAUCGCGCUCAUCGCUUAGGUCAGAAAAAGGUGGUAAACGUGUAUAGGUUGAUCACGAAGAAUACCUUGGAGGCGAAAAUCAUGGGUCUGCAAAGGUUUAAGUUGAACAUUGCGAAUAGUGUGGUUAACCAACAGAAUAAGGGAUUGGAUAGUAUGGAGACUGAACAGAUUUUGGAUUUGUUCAAUGCUCAAUCCGGCGCAGGACAGAAUGGGAACGCGGUGGAGAAUGGCGAGCGUGCUGGAGGGAAGAAGAAAGGAUUUGCGAAGUUGACGCAGAAACAGAUUCUAGAGGGAGCGCAUAAGGGUCCGGAGAAUGAAGAGGAGGAGUACAACGAGAUGAGUGGUUGGAGGCCUGAUCAGUAG